GACGCUUGAAUCCUCCCACGACUCAUCAUACUCUCCAAAUUUCUCACAAGAUAUACCAAACCCUGAUACAUCGUACACUCUACAACACAACAGUCCUUUGGGGACAACAUCAUUGAUCAGAACCCCAAGCAGCCUAAGAAUUACCACCCUGACAUCAAUUCAAGAACCAUCAAUCCACUACCCUUCAUCAAAAUGACAACCCUCCGCCCUUUUUCCGCUCUGGAUGUCCUGAAAUUUAAUCCUACAAACCUCGACCCCUUGACUGAAACCUACGAUCUCAGUUUCUAUUUCUCCUAUCUAGCACGAUGGCCACAUCUCUUUACCGUCGCGCUCUCCCCCUCUUCUGCUAUCACCGGCUACAUAAUGGGCAAAACAGAAUCAUCUCCACAGUCCAUGCUUCUCUCACAGUCUCCGCAUUACCUGCCAUGGCACGCCCAUAUUACUGCUCUCACCGUUUCUCCCUCCGCGCGACGAUUGGGGCUUGCGAGGACUUUGUCUCAAGUCUUGGAGAAAGGAGGAGAAGAAUAUGAUGCUUGGUUUGUGGAUUUGUUUGUGAGGAAAAGUAAUAUGAUCGCGCAGGAACUUUAUAAAGGAUUGGGAUAUAGUGUUUUCAGGACGGUUAAAGGAUACUACAAUGAGUUUGUGGGGGGAGAAGAGGUGGACGAGGGAGAGGGGGAGGAUGCGUAUGAUAUGCGAAAACCAUUGAGGAGGGAUAAGAAUCUUAAACAUGUUAGAGAAAAUGGGGAGAGUUUUGAGGUUAUGCCAGAGGAUGUCUGGUGAUGAGUUAAAUGUGAAUAGGGUUCCAAUUUUGAUUCGAGGAUGAUAUGUGUGGAGUUUGAGGAUGGCGGUUGAGAUUAAUAUCUCCCGCGAGAGACCACGCCGUAUUGCUGGCUGGGGAGGAUUGAAUAUUUACCUUGGGAGAUUUUAAGGCAUACGAGAGUUAUGGCAAUGAACAUCUGGGGAUGCGGAUGGGUGACAUCUAUAUGGGAGAUAGAGCUUAUUCAAUUAUAAGGUCGCCUUUUCUUUUCCGCCCACCAUUUCGCGACAUGUUCAAACAUCCACGAAAAUGAAUUGAGUUAUCUUCAGCUUUCUAGCUUGACGUCAAACCUAGGUUUCUGUCCGAAGAAAGAUCUCGAUCACUGAUUGAUGAACUUUCUUGAAUGGCAGAUGAUCAUGAAACA